UGUUUCCACUUUCCAAGGAAGGCUUUGUAUACUGUAUCUAUCUCUGUUGGAUGUUGCUCUCUCUGAAGCAAAAGCUUUUGAGUCCCAUUCUUUCUAAAUUUUGGUUCUGCGAUCUUCAGUACAGGGUGGCUCUGCUGCUGGGAUCUUUCAAAAUCUCUUCUUUCUUUGAUUUUGAAUUGAAUUGAAUUGCUUGAUGAACCCUUGUGCGUUCAAUUGAUUCCCUCAGCUUCCUGAAUUUCCUACCACUGUGUUGUUCAUGAGAAUACCAUAACUUUUGACUUGACCAGUCAACAGCAAGGGCAAAGGACAAGGAAGUGUAUAAAGAAGAGGGAACCACUAAUGUUGCUGAAAACAGCCCAUAGAAAGCAUUUGUAGACAUAGCAAGCCUGCAAACAUGGGCUGUGUGGUGUCAACUCCUAAGGACUCUAAUGGAAAUAGAAGGAGGCCAGGGAGUAUCGGUGAAGUUUCGGUAUAUGUUCCUGGUCUGAGAAUUCCUAAACCUGUUGAUUUUGUUCAAUCACUUGGUGAUUAUUUAUCCAAGAAUAUAGUGGAACGCCUAUCUGCUCAUAGAACACGUAUAGUUGUAAUGGCUUGCCAAGAAGGUCCAACAAUUACAAGAACAAAAAGAAAAAGUGUUACCCAGCAUGGAGGUUCAACGCUGGCUGAUCUUCUGCAGGCUCUUGAAGAUUACUUGCCAGUUCUUCUGGGAUUAGUUAAAGAUGGAAGCCAUUUACAAUACAAAGUACAAUUUGCUUGGGUGAAUCAAGAGGACUACAAAGAGGAAACAACCAUGUCUAAUGCUUGGUAUGAGGUGUUGUCAGUUUUGCAUUUGAUGGCAACACUAUUACUAUCACAGGCUAAUUUAUUACUGCUUCCAAGACCAUCCACUGAUGGUCAUCAGCUGAAAGUAUCAGAAGAAAGCAGACGAGCCUCUGUUGAUAUCUUCUUAAAGGCUGCUGGAUAUCUGGAUUGUGCUGUCAGACAUGUUCUUCCUCAGUUACCUGUGGAACUCAGGAGAAAUUUACCUGUUGACCUAGCAGAAGGAGUUCUUCGAGCACUCUGUCUACAAGCAUUGGGACAGGGCGUAGACAUACAACUUGGAAUGGCAAUUGAUAGCGCCAAAGCCACUCUUGCAGUGAAGCGCAGGCUUGCAUGUGAGAUGGUGAAGUGUUGGCAACAGGCUCAAGACAACAUUAUGAGUCUUCCUUUAGCAAAUGGUUGGGGUGAAAAACAUUGUCUUUUUGUGAAAUGGAAAUAUGUUGAAGCAAAGGCUGCAGCGUAUUAUUAUCAUGGUUUGAUUCUUGAUGAGGGAAAUACAGAGAAAUCUCAUGGGAUGGCUGUAGCUGCUUUGCAAGCAGCGGAUGAGUAUUUCACAGAAAGCAAGAAGUUGUGUGAGGCAUUCAAUGCAGCGCCUCCAUUGUCAAGAAAUCCACCACUUUGGGGGACCAUGAAAUAUCUCUCUGAAAAAAUUCCGAAGGAUACUUCAAGCAAGGUGCGAAUUAACCGUGAUUUGUACUCUUAUGAGAGGAUCAUGGAGACAGCACCAACAUUGCCUGAUUUUUCCUUGGCCUUGAAACCAGAUGAAUAUCAACUUCCUCCAGUGGACUCCUCUUGGAGUACAGAAAACAUCAAAGGGGGACAAACUGAUCCUAACAAUCUCAAGAGUGACAUAUGAUCAAAUUCAAUGAAUGUGCAGACCUCAAAAAAACAUUGGUCUACCUGAAAGAUGUCAGUCAAUGGGUGUUUUUCCAAUUCUUGUCAAUAGACAAAAUCUAGUUUAAUUGAAUAUUUUUCCACCUUUUGCAUUUAUUAUUUUUUUACUUCCUAUAUUAAUUUCCUCCUCCCCCAACAGUAUUUGAAAGAUGCCCUUCAAAUAGAGGUUCAAUGUAAAUUGUCCUCUUGCCAAAACCCGAAUAAUAACAUUGCUAUUUCAUGUCCUUGUAAUGGCAAUCACAUCCAAUUUUUAAACCCAGUUUGU